AUGUUGCAUUAUUGCACCUCAAUAUUUCUUACUUUGCAUUGCUAUUAUAGGGGCUGCCUACUUGUGCGUCAAAACUUUUUUCAUAAUGAUCCCAAGAGUUUUGCUCAUGUGGGGGGUGGUGUUCUAGGCUGCAGGGGAUUCCAUUCAAGUUUUAGAGCUACUCAGAGCAGUCUCUCCCUUAACAUAGAUGUCACAACCACCAUGAUAAUUCAACUUGGGCCUGUGGUGGAUUUCUUAAUUUCCAAUCAAAAUGCAAGAGAUCCUUUUAAAAUUUACUGGGCAAAGGCUAAAAGGACACUAAAAAAUCUAAGGGUCAAAACUCAUCCAUGCAAUCAAGAGGGGAAAAUUUGUGGACUCAGUGACGUUCCAUGCAAAGAGCUUAUCUUUACUUUGAAAAAAAGGGAUGGGGAUGGUACUGAAGAAAUAACUGUUUUGGAUUAUUUUGUUAAUGUCCGUAAGAUAGAUCUGCGUUACUCUGCUGAUCUGCCAUGCAUUAAUAUUGGCAGGCCUACACGGCCAACUUAUAUACCCAUUAAGCUGUGUGAAUUGGUGUCGUUGCAACGAUAUACCAAAGCUCUAUCCACACUUCAAAGGGCUUCGUUAGUAGAAAAGUUCAGACAAAAGCCACAAGAGAGGAUGAGAAUUUUAUCUGAUGUAAGUUGUUUUGCUUAG